UGUAGCCUGAGUCUCCUGUCUACAGACAGCCCGUCCUUUCUUUGACCACAGUCAAAGAAUCAUGAAUUUGGCACUGAUUGACCCUUUUCAAUUAGCCCAAGACUCUCCUGAUACGCUCGUCAACGACCUGAGAUCUGGCCAUGCCACAACACUACGAUUCAGCCGGAAGGGCGAUUACCUGGCCUCAGGCAGGGUCGAUGGAAAAGUCGUCAUCUGGGACAUGGAGACCAUGGGCGUCGCGAUGAAACUGCACGGUCACUGGAAGCAGAUCCAAAGUCUUAGCUGGUCACGAGAAGGCCGAUAUCUACUCUCAGCAUCCCAAGACUGCCGCGCCAUCCUAUGGGAUCUCCAGACUCAAGAACGACUACGCACCGUAAAGUUCGAAGCACCAAUCUACACGGCCGAACUGCACCCCUACAACCACAAUCUUCUCAUCGCAUCGUUGUUCGAGGACCGCCCACACCUGGUCGACAUCACCAACCCGGAACCAACCAAGCGGAUCUUGCCAGCCACACCAUUGAGCGACAGCAUCCCCCGAUCCGAGAACAAGCAAGCCACGACCUCGGCCAUCUUCUCUGUUCUCGGCAACCACAUCAUCACCGGCACAUCGAAAGGCUACAUCAACAUUCUGGAGACCGAGUCGCGCAAGAUCAUCCACUCGACCAAGGUGUCAUCUGGUCUGAUCUCUUUGUUGCGACUGACGUCCAACGGCCGACAGCUGCUAGCAAACAGCACCGACCGAAUCAUCCGAGUCAUCAAUUUACCAGACCUAUCCCUCAUUACACCAUCCAGACCAGCCAAUGUCGAACAUCAACACCCAACAUCGUCCACUGCCAACACUCCAGGUCCCAAUACUACCGCAGAAGAAGACGAAGCUCAACCAGACCCAGCCACCCUAGCCGAGAACAUUGUCCUUACAACGGAACACAAAUUCCAAGACCUAGUGAACCGACUCCGCUGGAACCACUGCGCAUUCAGCCACUCGUCCUCGACUGGUAUUGCCGACUACGUAACCGCGUCGACAUACAUGAAGAAAGACAUCUACAUCUGGGAACUGCGGACCAACUCACUGCUACGCAUCCUGGAAAACCGUGAAGAGCCGGCCAUUAUCGAGUGGCACCCGUCUCGACCUCUCUUGGCCUGCACCAGCAUCGAGACCGGCAGCAUCCAGAUCUGGGGCAUCGAGCCACAGCAGAAAUGGUCCGCGCUGGCGCCCGACUUCACCGAGCUGACAGAGAACGUCGAGUACGUUGAGCGCGAGGACGAGUUCGACACCUACCCUCAGGAAGAGCACCAGAAACGUCGUCUGGAUCGCGAAGACGAGAUCGUCGAUGUCCUCACUGUCGAACGCAAGCCCGGCGAGGAAGAGACGUUCGUCUUACCCAUGAUCUACGACAUCGAAGACAGUGAUGCCGAUGAUCAGGAGCUGGUUCCCAUGGGCGUCGGCACCAUGAGAAAGCGCGAUAUCAACGAGGGCAAGGAGUACGAGAAUGAUGCUGACGAGGUCGCCAAGUCGGCUAGAAGACAACGCAAGUGAGCCCGAAUUAUUGGUAUCUCGCAAUCAGUCAUCGAUAGGUAUGCGACUGCGCAUACCGGCAGUUACUAGUAUCCUGCGGUCUUGGUUGUCGCAGGGACACAUCUCAUGCUUUCCACAGUUUUUUUGCUUCUCUUCUCGUCUUGACCGGCAUUUCGCUUGGCGCAAUGGCAAUGGAAAAUCAAUGGUUCAAUGGUUCAUCUCUGGCCGCUCGGGCUUGAUGAAUGGUCCGCGGGACGACUAUGGGUCCGUGCUACUCGAGCAGACAUAGGGCAUUCGCAUAGGCGUUGGUACUGGGAUUGGAGUCUCGUGCUUUGCUGACAGGCAAUUGAUGUUGUAUGAUUAAAUCUUGAAGUGGUGGGCCCACGAUGCUGCUCACAAUGUCUUCUUGGUGCUUCUUUCUUUGUCUCUGCCUACGGGGCGUAGUCUGGCGUUAAAGGGAUAGGACACGAUGUUACGUGACAUGGUAGACAAGAACCAUACCAGUUACUACGACACAGGACGGGAGGAGAAAAAGCCUCGCAGCACUAUUUGUGUACUCCAGUCCCGUGUUGAAUCAAUGAAUCCGGAAACUAAUAUGCGCACA